GGCUGUUAAUUUUCCCAGAGGUCCGAGUGGGUAGCGCUACAUUGUCUGGGGUGGCGGCUGCUACGACAGCGGAGAGAUGAGGCAGAAGCGGAAAGGAGAUCUCAGCCCUGCUGAGCUGAUGAUGCUGACCAUAGGAGAUGUUAUUAAACAACUAAUUGAAGCCCACGAACAGGGGAAAGACAUCGAUCUAAAUAAGGUGAAAACCAGGACAGCUGCCAAAUAUGGCCUUUCAGCACAGCCCCGCCUGGUGGAUAUCAUUGCUGCAGUCCCACCUCAGUAUCGAAAGGUCUUGGUCCCCAAGUUAAAGGCAAAACCCAUCAGAACUGCCAGUGGGAUUGCUGUUGUGGCUGUCAUGUGCAAACCCCACAGAUGUCCACACAUCAGUUUUACAGGAAACAUAUGUGUAUACUGCCCUGGUGGACCUGAUUCAGACUUUGAAUAUUCGACCCAGUCUUAUACUGGAUAUGAGCCAACCUCCAUGCGAGCUAUCCGUGCUAGGUAUGACCCUUAUCUACAGACAAGACACCGAAUAGAACAGUUAAAACAACUUGGUCACAGUGUGGAUAAAGUGGAAUUUAUUGUGAUGGGUGGAACAUUUAUGGCCCUUCCAGAAGAAUACAGAGAUUAUUUUAUUCGAAAUUUACACGAUGCCUUAUCAGGACAUACCUCCAACAAUAUUUACGAGGCAGUCAAGUAUUCUGAGAGAAGCCUCACAAAGUGCAUCGGAAUUACUAUUGAGACCAGACCAGAUUAUUGCAUGAAGCGGCAUUUAAGUGAUAUGUUGACUUAUGGCUGCACAAGGCUGGAGAUUGGGGUGCAGAGUGUCUAUGAGGAUGUGGCCAGAGAUACCAACCGGGGCCACACUGUGAAGGCGGUAUGUGAGUCCUUUCACCUGGCCAAAGAUUCUGGUUUCAAAGUUGUGGCUCAUAUGAUGCCCGAUCUGCCAAAUGUGGGACUAGAGAGAGACAUUGAACAGUUUACAGCUCGUUCCUGGGACUCCGGUGUGACUGAGCUGCCCUUUCAUCCGUAUCCCCCUUUGCAGGAGUUUUUUGAGAACCCUGCUUUUCGUCCUGAUGGUUUGAAACUCUACCCUACCCUGGUGAUUCGUGGAACUGGGCUUUAUGAGCUGUGGAAAUCGGGAAGAUACAAGAGUUAUUCUCCCAGUGACCUGAUUGAAUUGGUGGCCCGGAUCCUUGCCCUCGUGCCUCCGUGGACGCGAGUGUACCGAGUGCAGAGAGAUAUUCCAAUGCCCUUAGUCAGCUCAGGAGUAGAGCAUGGUAAUUUGAGAGAGCUGGCAUUUGCAAGAAUGAAAGACCUUGGAAUACAGUGUCGAGACGUGAGAACCAGAGAGGUUGGAAUCCAAGAAAUUCAUCACAAAGUGCGUCCAUACCAGGUUGAAUUGGUGAGAAGAGAUUAUGUUGCAAAUGGUGGCUGGGAGACAUUCUUAUCCUAUGAAGACCCCGAUCAAGACAUUUUGAUUGGCCUCCUGAGAUUACGGAAGUGCUCAGAGGAGACAUUCCGUUUCGAAUUGGUCGGCGGGGUGUCCAUAGUCCGAGAGCUGCAUGUGUAUGGAAGUGUCGUCCCCGUUAGCAGUCGGGAUCCCACUAAAUUUCAGCAUCAGGGAUUUGGCAUGCUACUGAUGGAGGAAGCAGAAAGAAUAGCUAGAGAAGAACAUGGAUCUGGGAAAAUAGCUGUUAUAUCAGGGGUUGGCACCAGGAAUUAUUACAGAAAGAUUGGCUACAGAUUGCAAGGUCCGUACAUGGUAAAAAAUCUAAAAUAACCGCCACACCAGCGCACCUUGACACCUAUCCUCCCUGGCAGAAAACAGAGAUUCAGGAUGUGUUGAACACUCAGCACAGAGGCUGAACGAAGCACAUGGACCUCCCUGACCCCCUGACAAGGAGCCUCCCCCUCGCCCUCCCGCUGGAGCCACAGAGACUGGAAGCCGCACUCAGGGCCGGGCCGGGUGUCUGCUGACCAAGCCCACGGAGCCUGGGCGCUCAGAGCCCCCGCACCACGCCCUCCUGCAUGUUCUCAAGACGUCACUUCCGUUUCGAGGCUUAAGUCCUGUAUCCAAUUUCUAAAUUCUGCAUGAGGCCUGCAAGUGACCUAACCAUGACUCAAGCACAGUGACAAAAGCAAACUGAUCAUCUCAUUUGAACUGCAUGGUUUAUGAACUAAAAACUGGCUAUGUCAUUUGAGGAGGACACUUAGUUUCUAUCAGCAGGUUAUUUAUAUCCAGUUUCUAUCAGCAGGUUAUUUAUAUCCUGUACAGACAAAACGCCAGGUUGGGACAUGUGAAAACUGUCACGUUGAUCUCUGACCUAUAACUACAUAUGCCUUCCAGCACAGGUCAAGAAAAUGAGCUUUUCUUUUCACGGACAUCAUUCUGGUUUGAAAUAACAGUGUGAUGGGGAGAGAAGAAGCAAGAUUGUAGGCUUAUGUUUCAAGCUUGAAACCAGCCUUUCACAUUUUUAAUCGUCUGUACUUUGCACACUCUUGACAAUUGCAAAACACCGUGGGCGGCACUUUCUCCCAGAGAGGCGUUUGGCUUCCCCAUUGGUCUGUCCUGAGCAGGCAGAGUCUGCCGUGCAUGUGUCUGGGUUUGGGUGACAUCUGUGGAUGUCAAGAGGCACAUCCACAGGUGCUGUUCCCUUUAUUUUAAUUCUUUAAAUCGAUUUUGGUUUGUUUUAAAUGGAGAAAAAUCAGGGUUAAACUUUUUUGUGAAAGCAAAAAAAUGGAAAACUGGCCCAAAUCUAAAAAUAGGAAAGAGACUGGCUUUUUCAAAGUUUCAUCUUUAUAGAACUGCCUCUAUGUAACUUCCAGGUAAUCUAAGGAGACUCAGCCUGGAGAGGGUCAGUUCUUAAGAACAUAGCUUAACCCUGCAUCCCUUGGCUUCUGUGGCAUUUUACAAAGGUUUAUUAAAUGGAAUUGAUUCUUCUAAAGGUUUGAAAAAUAAAAUCUUCAACAUACAAGGAAGAAUCACGUAAGGUUUUUUCCUCUCCCUGUAAACGCAGUGACAUUUGCUGUGAGUUUACCGGUUUGGGUUUCCUGCCCGGGGCACUGUUUGUUUCUUCCUGGGUCCUGUUUGCCAUUUUGUUAAACUGCUACAAGGCAAACGGCGUCGACUUCCUGUGGGCUCGCUGUGGCACUGCAGAGGCUUUCUGUGAGUGCCAUUUAAGGAAGUCAGCUACUUCUCAAUCUUGAGCCAAACUGACGAUUAUAGCCCAGAACACAGCCUCUCAGAUAACUGAGGAACUGCCCCAGAGAAGCGUGGUUUUCAGCACAGUCUUGGGGGAAAAAAAAACAAAAAACAAAAAAGAUCAGCACAUACACAGCGAGUCAGUAUGCUCUUGGCACCUGGGAAGGAAGUCUUGUCAUGGAAGGAGUAUCGGCAUUGGCUUCCCAGCCAGAGAGGCAUUUAAUCUUCAUGUUUAACAUCGACAUUCUUCCAGUCAGUGCGCCCUUUUCUUUAAUAAUUAAAGCAGACGCACAGUGUGUGUUUGAUAGGCCACAAACAGGCUGUUCUGUUUAGCAUCAGAUUCAAGUUAACUCAUGGAUAAGCCAGAAUGACUUCCCCAGACCUCGAUACGUGAACAUUUCUUUUACCAAGCCUUUCUGCCGCUAGAAGCUUCAGCUUCUCCCCUGACUGCCAAGCACUGUCCCCGGCAUCUGUGGUGCCUGGCGCCUCCACAGCCCGGCUGGCCUGGCUCUCCUAGAGAUACGUGCACUUGCUCAAAUGACCACCUCGUGAGAAAGAUCAGUUAGGCAGGAUCCUGUCGGCCUCUGCGUGAAACGUUUAAAGCUGCAGCUUGUGUUUCUGAUCUGUAUUGAAUGACUCCUUAGCAACCAUCUCAGGCCCACUCACAUAGCUCCGCUUUUGACUCAAGUUUCUGUUAAAUCACCUGGAGGGGUUUUGUUGUUUUUAAAUUAUCAAAAACAGACCGAAAUCUAUUCAA